AUGCACCGCUACACCUUUAAUCACGACCCUCGUGCCAAUACCGAUGCGAUUGUUGGCGGCCGGUCAACGGACAAAUAUCGCUUCACCGUGCUCGCGGACGGACUGCUUCGAUACGAAUGGGCGAUAGAUCACCAAUUUGAGGACCGCGCUUCGGUCUUCGCAAUCAACCGUAGACUACCGGUGCCAGAGUUUCGGGUCAAAGAGAACGAUAGCAGUCUACAAAUCAUCACCAGCAGACUCCACCUUACGUACAACAAACAGGCAUUCUCAUCCAGUGGACUGCACGUGGUUGUGAAAGGCAAUUUCCAUUGUCACGGCAGUCUUUGGAGGUAUGGCGAGGCUUAUACUGAUCUGGGAGGCACCGCCCGCACUCUCGACGAAGCUAAUGGCCGGAUCCCAUUAGAGUCGGGUAUAAUGGCUCGUGGUGGUUUUACCAGUGUCGAUGAUUCGGAGUCGAUGUUGUUUGACACCGACGGCUGGAUCACCGUCCGAGCACCCGGGGUUGGCCGCGUUGAUGGCUACCUCUUCGCAUACGGGCAUGAUUUUCGCGAAGCAAUCAAGACUUUUUACGCGCUCUCCGGACCUCAGCCACUGUUGCCACGUUGGGCAAUGGGAAAUUGGUGGAGUCGAUACUAUGCCUAUCAUGCAGACGAAUAUCUGGCUUUGGUUGAUCGAUUUCACUCCGAAGGAAUCCCUCUAUCUGUUGCUGUUCUGGAUAUGGAUUGGCAUCUGGUAGAUGACCCUCGCAUUGCCCAGGCUGGUGUGACCGGGUGGACUGGUUAUACUUGGAACAAGCAAUUGUUUCCUGACCCACCCGCGUUCAUGAAGAAGCUUCACGAGCGUGGUCUACACAUCUCGCUUAACGACCAUCCUGCCGAUGGUGUCCAGAGCUUUGAAGACCCUUAUGAGGAGAUGGCCAAGGUGUUGAACCACGACACAUCCCAUGGUGAUCCCAUCCCCUUUGAUAUCACAAAUCGUGCCUUUCUGGAUGCGUAUUUCGAUAUUCUUCAUCGUAGGUUUGAGAGCGAGGGAAUCGAUCUCUGGUGGGUGGAUUGGCAACAAGGCAAGCAUUCUCGUAUCCCAGGCGUUGAUCCGUUAUGGGUUCUCAACCACUUUCAGUUCUUGGAUAGUAAGCAAAACGGACAGCUCCCACUCACAUUUUCUCGCUAUGCUGGUCCGGGAAGUCACCGUUACCCAGUUGGAUUUUCCGGCGAUUCAAUUGUGACGUGGGAAUCGCUGCAGUUUCAACCUGAAUUCACUGCUUCCGCCUCCAACAUUGGGUUUGGAUGGUGGAGCCACGAUAUCGGUGGACACAUGCAUGGAGUGAAAGAUAACGAGCUCUUGGUCCGCUGGGUGCAGUACGGCACGUUCUCUCCCAUCCUUCGACUUCACUCGUCCAAUAAUCCUUGGAAUAUCAAAGAGCCAUGGAACUUACCCGUUCAAUAUAAAAGCGUUAUGUCGGAAUUUCUCCGACUGAGACAUCGCCUUAUACCGUAUCUGUAUACAAUGAACGUACGGGCUGCUGUUGAGGGGCUACCUCUUGUGCAGCCCAUGUACUGGGCGUAUGCGGAGCGCGAAGAGGCUUAUGAAUUUCCCAAUCAGUAUCUUUUUGGAUCUGAACUCAUGGUGGUGCCAGUCACAUCACCUGAAAACCCCACGUCCAGACAGGCUCUUACACGCGCCUGGCUUCCUCCCGGUCGACGACAAGUCGAUAUCUCGACUGGCAUCGUGUACAAUAGUGAUCGGCUUCUUUGGCUGAGCCGUAAAUUGUCAGAAUUCCCCGUAUUUGCCUCCGAAGGGGCCAUUAUUCCUCUCGAUGUAGCAUCAGAGCCUGGAAAUAAUUGCAAAAACCCAGAUGGUAUCGAGAUUCUCCUUAUUGUGGGUGCAGAUGGAUACUUUGAACUGGUAGAAGAUAAUGGGAAAGGCCAGACAGCUGACGACGUCCACUUUUUGCGAACUCCUAUCAGGUUUGAGCAGAACUCAGGUCAAGUAACAAUCGGUCCAACUGUUUCGUCGCCAACGUUCGGACUUAACAAAACAAACACCCGAGACUGGACAAUUCGCUUAAUCGGUCGUUACUCCUCAUCUGUGUCCCCGUGGUUUUCUGUGGGACAGGGACCAGAGAUACAGAUUUCCCCAGAGCCAGUAGACAAUGGAUUAGUCUUAAAAUUGGGCACUCACCAGAUAACUGAAAGUCUUGUUGUCAGUGUCGGGGAUGCCGACCCUCAACUCGACACAUUCAACCCCCACGAUCGCAUCAUGACAUUUUUGCGUGAAGCCCACAUCGAACUAGAUCUUAAAGCCAGAAUCCGCUCGACUAUUGACCGGGAAAUACCGUUGGUGGUAAUUGUUGGUGAGCUGCAUGCUCUCGGAUUGGAUGAUGUGGUACUCUACCCUUUGCUCGAGACCCUUUUGGCCGAUUCUCGCACCUUGGCUACUCGAGACUAUAAUUCCACGUGCUAG